AUCAUCGUCAUUCUCGUUCUCAUUUUCUCAUUUCAGUUCGGUAGUUUGAAACAACGCCAUUGCUCAGCCUACAUACCACAAUUCAAAGACAGGCGAACGAAAUAUUGAAAGUCGUCCAAAUGGACAUAACCCGGGCAAAGAUGCGAUUUCGCCACCGCUCCUCAACGGAGGCGAUAAAAACGACCAGUCUUUGGGAUGUGUUGGCAAUAAUUGCGCUGGUCUUGACCAUAACCUGCCCUUGGACAGAUGGGAAACCAUUCCCGGCUUGGGUGCCUGGCGAAGGGGCCGCGGUGUGCGCCAAGUUCCAGUACUAUUAUGGUCCCAAUUGCUUCCACGAUCAAGUGCGGAUCCUGUACAAAAGAGUCGAUCGGCGACGAGGCAUCCGGAAGUUACAGGUGGCUUGCGACCUUCUGACACGAGCAUUGGGCAAUUGCUUAAAGUACUUCAACGAGCUCUGCUCAGAGGACCAUUUGAGCACGGGCAGAGGCGAUUUCACUUCAGCCUCCAUCAGUCCGGCUUCUCGAGCAGCUUUGGCGGAUUUUCGAUCCAAUUGGCAACACGAAUACCCUCACUUAAACAUCAAUCAGUGUGUCGCCUACGGAGGAUUGUGCGAGCAUCCAAAGCAGCUCGAGUAUUGCGGCAUUGGUUCCCGAAAUGGUGGAAAUGUCCUGUGGCUGGUUUUAGCAUCCAUGAUUCAAUACACAUAUCUACACGUGUAACCAGCAUUAUUGUUUAUUCAUAUG